AUGUUUCCUUUAACAAAACCAUACCAGAUUUUGCUCUUGCUCUCCUUGCUCCACCCUCUUCAUGCCAUUCCCAGUAUCAUCCCUCUCAAUGGUAAAUGUCGUGAUAAAUGUGGUAAUGUCCCCAUAAAGUUUCCCUUUGGUUCGAGUUCUGGUUGUGGGCAUCCUGAUUUUGCUAGAUACAUAAAAUGCAGUUACGGAACGCUUCAGUUCUCAACUGGUACUGGUAUUUACACAGUAUCUUCAAUAGAUUACUCAAGCAACACCAUUGUCAUUACAGACCCCCUCAUGUCGACCUGUUUGUCAAUGCAGAACUCCGGAAGCUUUACCUUGGAACGUAAAAGCCCAUUUACGGUAUUGCCAGAUAACAUAUUUGUUUUGCUCGGAUGUUCUACGACAUCACCCGUGUUUGAUCGGAAUACAGACUUUUGUGAUACGGGUUCGGGUUUAAAUGUAUGUAGAGGUUUGUAUUCUUGUAGAUCAGUUGAAGGGAUUGGACUAGAACCAAAUGGAGGAAUAUCCACUUGUUGUGUUUAUGAUCCACCAACUGCACUUGGUUCGGGUUACGGUUUGGAUCUUCCUAAGCUCCAGUGUUCUUCAUAUUCAGCAGUUAAUGGAUUUGGAGGGGAUGAAGGGGAUCCUAUGAAAUGGCAGUAUGGGAUUUCUUUGCAGUUCAACAACUCUUAUUACAGUGAUGCAUGCAAGAAUUGUGAGGAUAGUGGAGGCUUUUGUGGGUUUUCUGGUUUGGGUGAAUCCUUUGCUUGUAUUUGUCAGAAUGGGAUGAACACCACCAUCAAUUGCUAUGGAAGAGGAUAUGCUUGGAGUGGGACAUGGAGGCACAAAACUCAAACCAAAAUGUGCAUUGGAGGAUUUUUGCUUCUGUGGACGAUGUUAUUCAUCUAA